CCGGAUCGUGUGAUGGCUCAAGUGAAGGGAGUUCCGCUCUAUGGUGUGUAUAAAUCCUUGGAGAGCUAUGUCAUUCUCAUGUUUCCAAUCGUCAAUGUUUUGGAGAUGUGGAAUGUUUACGUCGUUGUCGCAGUAUCCAUAGACAGGUACAUCCAUAUAUGUAUGCCACUGAAAGCAAAGUCGAUGGACACGCGCAAGUAUGCAAAGAUUGCCGUUAUUGGGACAUUCUUCUUCUCUCUGAUUUCUAUUAUGCCAAAGAUUUGCAGAAGAUACGCUGAAUGGGUAUGGAAUGAGAAAGAAGAAGUAUACGAAGCUUGGAUCAUGACCCGACAAUAUGGAAAAACGAGCACAUAUUUUGUAUGGUUUUAUGUCUACGUUAUGCUCGUGAUACACUUGAUACCACUGUUUGGCAUUUUGAUACCUGUCAACGUGGCUGUCCUGCGUGGAUGGAGAAGAAUGCGACAGGAACAAGGUACAAUAAAAUCAACAAAGAAUAAAGAAGCCAGGAAGAACGGUACCAAACUAACUAUUGCCAUGGCGAACAUUUUCAUCCUGCUUCGGCUCCCAGCAUGCAUUACCAUGUUGCUCACUCAGCUAGAAGGCAUGGGAUUCAUUACAACUUAUGAAAUUGAUGAUUUUUCUCGCUGGACCAAUUUCUUGAGUAAAUUAAAUUCAACUGUAAAUUUUUUCAUCUAUGUUUCGGUGGGUAAAUCGUUCAGAAACACGUUUAUGGACAUGUGUCGCCAUUGCUUCGGCGGCGCCCCCUUGCGUCACAAAUAAUACGUCAACUCUCAUGACUGGAAGUGACACCUUAACCUUCAUCAGGGAGUCGAAUAAAAGUUAGUGUUCGUGUUUUAUUCAUCAUCAAAGAAUUGUCUUUGAUCAGCUUCAUUGAUUUAAAUGCACAUCUUGUGCUAUAUGGGUAAUGAAAUAAGGACAAUGUUAUCCGUUGACGUUGCUUAGGCCAAAAAUGAUAUACCUUGCGCAACAACGUAGCUUUUAGUUGUUCGGUUGCAUAUGGACAUGGACAUGUCAAUCACAUAGUUUACAAAAUUUGGUAGAUUUCCGAUACGAAGACAUGUAAGAAUACACAAACGAAUGAUUGUCACAAGACAUACAAUUAUAAUAUGCGUAUCAAAAUAUACUUUGUUCUGACUCUGAGGUAGACACAAACGGUAUGAUAAACUGAAAAUGCUGAAGUGAACACAAUCACAUAGUUUACAAAAUUUGGCAGAUU